UUUUUUUUUUUUUUACUUUUUGUAUAAUACACAUGGAUUACGCUUUUUAUGCUCUGGUGGCCAUUUGCAUAUUUCUCCUGAUACUCACUUUUUAUCUGGCAUUAAGAAGACGUCGCUAUGCUAAUAAAAAACAAGCACAAACCCGUAGACAUGAUCCUAUUAUCAAUACAGACUAUAUUGGACCUUCUACCGUUAUCAGCGACAUAAAUAUGCAGCCAACACGACAAGAUCAGCAUAGCCCUUUGUUAUCUGAAUAUAAUGCAAUGACGAAUACAAUACCACAAUCGCAUCCGGUUGCCGCGUAUAAACCCGAAGAUUUGCCACAACAACCUCCGCCUUCGUAUCAAGAUUAUGCCAAGGAUGUCCGAUUACUACAAUCCCUUCCUCAACAGCAACAUCGAUGAUAUUAUUCUUUUUUUUUUUUCUUUAGUAUACUUUAUUUUAUAUUUAUCUGUAAUUCAUUCUUCUAUUCUUAUGUAUAUCUUUUUUUUUUACGAAAUUAUUAUAUAUGUCAACAUUUUCUCUGUUUUUACAUAUGUAAGAAAUAAAAAUAAGUCAUCAUGACAAACUUGUAUAUUUA